AUGUCAAUUGCACAGCUCUUGGAGCUUAACCAACUGGAGCUUCAAUCGAUCAGUUCCAAGAUUGAUACGUUUGAGCUUCAUGUUGAGGAAAAUGAGGUAUCAAUCACCAAAGAAGAAGAAGAAGAAGAAGAAGAAGAUGAUGAGUACCAGAAGACACAUCAAGAGAUCACUCGAAUAGAUGCACAAUUGGCACUUUUAGACAAGCUUUGGUAUAUCCGAGGAUAUUUGGCGGAGAUAGAGUUGUAUUUGGCUCUGACUGAUGUCGAGGAAGCUGUUGAUCAGUAUAGUGCUGUGAAGGACAUUACGAGUAAAAUGUCAGAAGCAAUACAAGGACUCCCUCCGUGUUUGAUAAAGCUGGAACUACACCAGACUCACACGGACUACGAAAAGAGAAUAGAGCAAAAGGUUAGCGGGAUAUUUUUCCCACUGGAAGGCGUUUUCCGUGUACUUAAGCCAGUGGAUUCCAAGAUAGUCAAUGCAUGGGAUGAGUUAUUAAGUAGGAUCAUCGGUGGGACGACAGCAGCAGUAUUUGAUGACGAGCAUCAAGUUUUAACGUCUUCUCUGACGCAGGAAGACAAAUAUGUUGAUUCAUUGGUUGCAUUUAUGAUGUUCAUUGAUGCUUGUAGGUCGGACAAGAAUAAAUUCCGGUCAAAAAUUAACCAUUCAAUGGUCAACUAUCUUUCCUUGCACAUAACCAAACUCCCCAAUCUUGCAAAGCUCAGACAGCUAUGUGGGUCGUGGAACAUUCAGAUCUCUGACUUGGACGAGUUAUAUUAUAACUGGCAGACGGAUCAGUAUAUUGACCGUGUUCGGAAGAUCUUCAUGUCACCAGAACUAGGCGAGUGGGUCAACCAAUUGUACGACAUAAGUUCUAGUCCAAAUCAAGUGUCGAAUACUCAAAACAGCAACAACGAUUGGGACAAUUGGGAUGAAGCUUGGGAUGAAGAAGAAGACGAUGAACAACAACAUAAGACAUCAUUGGAAACGGAUAAACCAAAAGUAAUGAUUUCACAAGUUGCACACAAAAUAGUGGAAGCAAUUAUUGAUUUCAAUAAUCCGAAUAUAUUUGAUUCUGUAAAGGCAUUGGCCUCAGUUCUGUAUCCCUCAUACAUGGAAAGCUUUGUUAUGUUCAACGAUUUGCACUAUAUUGCCGAACAGAUUCAAGCUGCAACUUUAGCAAGAUUUGCUGAUAAUUAUUGGACACAACAACUAGCUGGGCUCGACACCGAGAUACUUGAAAUCCUUCGAGAAAUUGGGGUUAAUAAGAGACUAGCAAAUGUUACUGAAGAGGAUUCCGAUUCAAGUGAUGACGGAACAUUAGAUGAUGUCACAGUAGCCAAAUUUUCCAAGCUUCACCAAAAACUUAAGAGCUUAUCCGAUAGUCAACUUCAUUAUACCAACACCGCAAAGUAUCAUGAUUUGGCUAGUCAUAUUGUUAAGUUGAUAAACACUUAUUUCAUUCAUAGUAUCUACCUUUUGGAGGAUAUAGGACAAGUACAGGCUACAAAGAUUGGUAAUUUGGUUGAUGCCUGUAAUAAGAUCACAAUUGCAUUCGUGGGAAGCAAACGAGAGGAAUUACUUUAUCAUAAGUUAGACAAUGUUAAGUUCAUUGUUGGAGGACAUCUUGCCGAUAUUCUCGACAGAUUUUAUCGAGGCGAGUUAUACGAUUUGGAUACAGAAGAAAUCACGGCAUUGAUUGAAAGUACAUUUACGCCUAGUGAACGUAGGGAACGUGCUAUCCAAGAGAUAACAGAGUUUCGGAGAAUGUAA